UUCGCUCACAUUGUGCAAUUUAUCUAUAGAGAAUUUAUUCGAUAAAUUACGUGUUUUGUAUAUUAAUUACAAAUUUAUACGUUGUACUUUCAAAGCAAAAUUUCAUCCAGGUGUGUGCGUAAUCUUAUCCAACAUGCGUUUAGUUGAUUCAAAGAAGUUAUUUGAACUUCAAAACAAACCUACAAAUAUUCGAAAUAUUUGUAUUGUGGCACACGUGGACCAUGGGAAAACAACUCUAGCUGAUGCCUUAAUAUCCAGCAAUGGCAUUAUAUCCCAGAGGAUGUCAGGAAAGCUUCGUUACAUGGACAGCAGGCCAGACGAACAAGAGAGAGGAAUUACUAUGAAAAGCAGCAGUAUAGCGUUGUAUCAUGCUGUGGAUCAGGCAGAAUAUCUUGUAAACUUAAUCGACUCUCCAGGACACAUUGAUUUCUCAAACGAAGUGUCUACGGCAGUCAGAUUAUGCGAUGGCGCCAUUGUAGUUGUAGAUGUUGUUGAAGGAGUAUGCCCACAAACAAGAUUGGUAUUAAAGCAAGCAUAUUCAGAAAACAUUCGGCCAGUAUUGGUUCUUAAUAAAAUUGACAGACUGAUUGUGGAAAUGAAAAUGACAGCGCUGGAUGCAUAUGUUCAUAUAAACCAAGUGCUGGAGCAAAUUAAUGCAGUAAUGGGUGAGCUGUUUGCUUCUGGAGUAUUGGAAAAUGAAGAAAACACAAUUGAUAAGCAGCAACAAAAGCCUCCACAUAAAGAAGAUCAAAACUUCUAUGAUUGGACUUCAGCAUUAGAAGACGCAGAUGAUUCAAACCUCUAUUUCUCCCCGGAUCAAGGAAAUGUUGUGUUUGCAAGUGCAAUCGAUGGUUGGGGUUUUACAACUCAUACUUUUGCCAAACUUUUCUCUGAAAAAUUAGGUGUUAAAGAAGAAUUAUUAAAAAAAGUUUUAUGGGGAGAUUUUUAUUUGAACUCCAAAACAAAAAGAUUCAUGAAAGGUGCUCAGGAGAAGGCCAAAAAACCACUUUUUGUACAAGUUAUUUUUGAUAAUCUAUGGAAUAUUUAUGAAACUAUCAUCUUGAGAAAUGAUAAAGAGAAGGUGCCAGUUAUAUGUGAUAAACUUGGUAUAAAAUUAACAGCGAGAGAUUUACGACAUACGGAUAGUAGAGUUCAAUUGCAAUCGCUUAUGAUGCAAUGGCUACCGUUGUCACAAACAGUUCUUGAUAUGGUAUGUGUAAAACUACCUUCGCCAAAAGACAUUUUGCCAGAAAAAGUUGAGAAACUCAUGUGCUCACGUAUACGCGAUUUUGAGUCUUAUCUCGAUGAAACUAAGAAACUAAAAGAUGACUUCCUAGCCUGUGAUAGUAGCAACAAUAGACCGUUAAUUAUUUUUAUAUCUAAAAUGUUUAGUAUUGAACGAAGCUCUCUACCGGAGAAUAAGCCAAAAGCGUUGACAGCUGAAGAAAUGGCAUUGAGAAGAGAAAAAGCGAGACAGAUGCGUGAAGAAUUAAAAAAUAGUGCGAAUACAGAAGCCAUUCCAAUGACUAAAGAAAUGGCUAGUGAUAGUCCAGAAAAAUGUACUGAAGACGAGAAAGGGAAGGAAGAUGGAGAAAAGGAAGAACAGAGCGAGACAGCAUUCAUUGCUUUUGCCAGAAUAUUUAGUGGUAAAGUUAGAAAAGGGGAUAAAGUUUAUGUGUUGGGACCGAAACAUGAUCCAUCGCAAGCUCUGAGUAUACCAGAUUUUAAAGUGGAUCCUAAUAAGAAACUAAAGGACUUACUUAGUAAUGAACAUAUUACUUGUACAGAGAUAAAAUCUUUGUACAUUUUAAUGGGCAGAGAACUAGAAGAGAUUGAUGAAGCAGUCAGUGGAAAUAUAAUUGGUAUUGGAGGUUUAGAAGAGCAUGUACUUAAAACGGCUAUCUUAAGUAGUACCCUCGCUUGUCCGCCGUUUAGUGAGAUUCAAUAUGCCGCAGUUCCCAUAUUAAGGGUGGCUGUUGAACCAACGCAUCCCUCGGAUUUGUCUCAAUUAGUUAAAGGAUUAAAACUAUUAAACCAGUCGGACUCAUGUGUCCAAGUACUGUUACAAGAAACUGGAGAACAUGUAUUGGUGACUGCGGGUGAAGUUCACUUGCAGAGGUGUCUUGAAGAUCUUAAAAAUAUUUACGCAAAAAUACCAAUAUCAGUGUCGGAACCGAUAGUACCAUUCAAGGAAACUAUAAUAGAACCGCCAAAAAUUGAUAUGGCCAAUGAAGAAAUAGACGCGCAAAAUUUAGAUAAAGGAAACGAUAACGAGCAAGAUCCCGUCAUCACUAUUUAUACGAAUAACAAACAAAGUCGAAUUAAAAUCAGAGCCAAACCCUUGCCAAAUGAAAUUACAGAUCUAUUAGAAAAAUCGUCCGACUUGCUAAAAGCAAUUUCACAGCAUAUUAAAACGCUGCAAGGCAUAUCAAACGAGAGAUUAGAAAAUAAAUUAGAUGAUCUACAAAUCAAUGGCGAAACGAAAUAUCAGCUAUCGGACAGAAUGCUGAAAUUGGUAGAAACGUUUAUAAGUGAAUUGCAGAGUAUAUGCACGAAGUUAGGGCCGGAAUGGCAGGAUGUGGUCAAGCAAAUUUGGUCUGUAGGUCCUAGGAAUUGUGGGCCAAAUUUGUUGUUGAAUCAAACGGCUGAUUAUGAGACUAAGUUUUUACAUCAUCAGAAGGUUAUUUUAGAAGAUGCAAGGUUUGAAUAUGAGAGUAGUUUCGUGAAUGGUUUUCAAUUGGCGACUUUGGCUGGUCCGUUGUGUGAGGAGCCAAUGAUGGGUGUGGCGUUUUGUGUGGAAGAAUGGACCUUGGAAAAGAAUGAGAGUGAUGAUUCGACGCAUUCCUUUGGACCUUUGUCAGGUCAAAUAAUGUCAGCAGUGAAGGAAGGUUGCAGGAGAGCCUUCCAAGUGCAGCCGCAAAGGCUCAUGGCGGCUAUGUACUCUUGCGAUAUCGUCGUCGACCAGAAAGUGUUAGGUAAGCUGUACGCAGCGCUAGGGAAGCGCAGCGGGCGCGUGGUAGCCAGUGACCUGCAGAGCGGCUCGGCGUCGUUCCGCGUGCGCGCGCUCAUGCCCGUCGCGGAGAGCUUUCGGUUUGCGCUCGAGCUGCGCACGCACACCUCCGGGCUGGCCGCGCCGCAAAUGAUGUUCAGUCACUGGGAGGUAAUCGACAUAGACCCAUUCUGGCGUCCCCGCACGGAAGAGGAGUACCUACACUGGGGCGAGAAGUGGGACGGCGUGAACCGAGCCAAAGCGUACAUGGACGCCGUGCGCACGCGCAAGGGACUCGCCACAGACAGGCAGCUGGUCACACACGCGGAGAAACAGAGGACCUUGUCUAAGAAGAAGUAAUAUCGAACACCCAAUGAUGGAAUAAUAACUUGGAGAGAACAGUAUAAGUAUGAUUAUGAGUAGAGAACUUUGUCUGAAAAUUGAACUCGAAGAGAACCCAAUGAUGGAAAAGUAAUUAUGAGAAAAAUAACAUUGUUAAGAAGUAACUUGAAGAGUAAACUGAGAAUAAGAAAAAAGGUGUAGAUAGGUUGUGCUCCAGGAGUGGCAUGUAUAAAUUUCAAUUAGCCAGAAUUUACUUCAGUUCAUUUUUUAUUAUUUUUAAACACAAACACAGAUACAAGAAUGAUGCUUAUGUAGCACAAUUGGCGGCCUUAUCACUAAGCAGUAAUCUCUGCCAGGCAACCAUUUCAUUAUUUUUCGCUUACGAUAGUUAUGAUUUAUGAUAUAAGUUAAGAGAGGCAGAUAUAGUGCCAUCUUAUUUUGACGUCUAAUCGUAUGUGCGCUAUUGUGUGUUUUUGAAGAUCGACUGUUAUGUUGGCAAUCUAUCUACACCUUUUUAAUAAUAAUAUCGUUGCAGUAACCCCCAAAAUUAUUGACGAGUUGAAGCCAUUACUGUUAGUGUACUUCCACUUGUUUUUUGUAGAAUAAACGUAAUGAGAAUCAUAAUUCAAGCAUUUUUAUGAGGUUAAAAUUUUAUACUGAAAAGUAUUUUAUUUAAUAAUUUAUUAAAUGUAUAAAUGUGUAAUUGUUCAAUAAAAUAUAUUUGUUCCAA